UUUUUUUAAUGGAUGGGCGCUUUUAAUUAAACUUCUUUUGGUUUUUUGAACGGCAACACCCGCUGAGUGACAUUAAACAGCUUGAAAGAUUAAGUAACUCCAACUGGAUUCAUCUGAAAGAAAAAAGUCAUAUACACCUAGGAUGCCUUUGGGGUGAGUAAAACACAGACUAAUUUACAUUUUUGGGUGAACUAACCCUUUAAGAGGUUUCAGUCAUACAGCCAGCUUCUGAGUCAUACUAUUCUCCUCUGGGUUUGUUUAGAAAAUCAUUCAAUAUACAGCAGCAGAACUGACUGUGAAUAUGUGUAUUUCUAGCAGGAACACCUUAGCAACUGCCUAAAUUCCAUUGCAACCAUCCAGACCACUUUUACAACCACCCAGCUACAACAACUAACUAAGGCCCUGUUUACACCUGGUUUUAAAAUGCAUUUUUGUCAAUCUGAUCUCAAGUCCAAUCAAGGAUUUGAAGCCAACAUUCAAGCUUUGUCUUGACACAUUCUCGUUUUCUGGAUUAUUAGUUUGCAUUGUUUAAACCCACUAUCUUUCAGUUGCCAGCUUAGGUCAUUAACCUGUAUUAUCCUCCUAGUUUCAGGGCUGGGGUCGUGUUAUCAGUGAUGACAGUGAAGAGCGUGAAAACCAGUCCUCCUAAAAAUAAACGUGGCACACAUGUAUUCACAACACCACAAACAAAAGCGCAUGAGUGAUGUGUCAUGGGACGCUUGUGUCCACUCCAUCUCUCAGUGCCUGUCGACAGCUGCCACUUUCAUACUCCAGAUUCCACUAAAGGUGGAUGUCCUUCUACCAUCCCCUCUUUAUGUACGCAAAAGCCAAACCAGGUUUGCCAUGUAGUCCGUUGCCGAACCAUAAAAACCCUUUUCAAUGCAUUAUGCGGUCAUCCGUUUAUCGAUCUGAGGCUUUUAGACCAAAAGUUGCCCUCUGAACCUGCCUCAAACCCGAUAUGGAGAUAAAUGUUCUCAGUGUGGCUCUUCCCCCCUGUUUUUAUGACUUAAAUGCUAUGAUCUAUUUUCACAUUCUUCCCAGCAGUCUCGAGGUGAUAUUCACCUGUAAUUAAUGCCACACUCGACUGAACACUAGGACUCUCAUUUGAAAUUCAGACCUCCGAGCAUUUGUGAAUUAUAGCGGGAGACCAUAAAAUGCUCAAUUAACCAAUUACGUGCAUUUAUAUUUGACCGUAGGACACCCGGAGCCUUUGUUGUCUUUGGGGUGGCCGUGAGAAUCUUAAUCACCUGAAUAUAUGAAUUACAACUUAUGGGAAUUUGUAAAACCUGAAAAAGCAUUCUCUGUGCUAGAUCAGCCAUUCAUUUCGUUUUUCCAAUUCUGGAACAAUGGUGUGGCAAAAGCUGGCAUUCAUGGGAGGCGCUGCACUGAGUUAUUUUGGUUGACCAUUCACAUGUGAGAGGAGAGGCACGGAUCAAUCACUGAAAAUCACACUACACCAUCUCUCUCUCUACCAUUACUCCUCUUUUCAAGCUCCUGGUCUCCUCUUCAAAGGUCACAUAGCGUAUUGCAGCAAUGUCUGAAGGACCGAAAAAGGCCAGAUCCAAGUACUCCGCAACACGCAGACUUCUGCUGAAGAGCAAACUGCUGAAAAAGGCAGAAAGCUUGCUGGUGAAAGAAAAAGAGGAGAAGGAAUUGGAGAGAGAAAACACCCUGAGGGAGAGAGCGCCGCCCCUCAACCUCUCGGGCCUGUCUGUCCAAGAAAUGCAGGAGCUUUGUAGAGAUUUGCACCACAAGAUUGACAUUGUGGAUGAAGCACGAUAUGACCUCAAUAUAAAAGUCGCCAGAAAUGACGCAGAGAUUCUCUCAUUAACCCAGAAGAUCUAUGAACUGAAAGGAAAAACGAAACGGCCGAACUUGAAAAGGGUGAAGAAGUCGGCAGAUGCCAUGCUGGGAUCGCUCUCAGACACCAGAGUCGACUUCAAAGCCAACCUCAAAACAGUUAAAAAGGAAGAAGAAAAGAAGGAGGAGGUCACCGACUGGAGGAAAAACGUGGAGGCCAUGUCAGGCAUGGAGGGCAGGAAGAAGCUUUUCAAUGCCGGACAGUAGACAGCAGCAAGUCUUUUCAGCUGACAAGAGGUUGCAAAGGAUAAAGUGUUAUUGUGAUACAAAGCUCAUGUUGUUAGUUUGAAUUUUAAUCACAUUCAACAUUGUAUGGUAAAUUACUCACCGUCAGGCAUCCAAGGUAGAUGAGGAGAAAUGUAGCAUUAUAUCAAUUGCUCACCAAUGGAUCCUCUGCAGUGAAUGGGUGCCGUCAGAAUGAGAGACCAAACGGCUGAUAAAAACAUCACAAUAAUACACACGUCUCCAGUACAAGUGAUACAAUGCUACAUUUAUCCAAAUCUGUUCUGAUGGAGAAACAAACUCAUCUACAAAUGUUUUGGCACAUUUUAAUUUUUUGGGUGAACUCUUUCUAUAAAUAGCGAUUUGCGGUUCAAAAAUUUGGGGUUGGUACGAUUCUUGAAAUGAAAAAGAAGUCGCUUAUGCUCACUAAGGCUCACUUUAUUUGAUCAAAAAUGCAGUAAAACAGUCAUAUUGCAAAAUAAUACAUUUAAAAUAACCGUUUUAUAUUUGAAUGUAUAUUUUUAAGCUCAUGUUUGAAUUUGAAUCAUCUUGAACAUUAUUUUAUGGAAAAUUAUUAAUUUAAUAGUCAGCCAGCUAUGGCUUGCACGUGAUAUUAAAUUGUGAUUUGCUGUGAUUAAAAUGUGUAAAAGCUGUGCUGUCCAUAGAGAGGGAUUAAAUAAUAGAACAACCUCAUAGUCAUAUC